CAAUAAAAAUCCUCGUGGCGUGUUACGUCAAGAGCCGUGACAGCGCGUUAACUCCAAACAGCAGCGUGCAGCUUCACAGAGACAGCGCAGAGUUUUGAACCAAACAACACGCAGACUUUGUGCAUCCGCCGCGAAAUAUGGGAGAUGUGCAGUUGGUGACGAGUUCUCCCAUGUCAAAGACCAGGCUGACUUUGGGGAAGUCCUCUCUCAAUAAUGAAGCUCCAACAUUUACCCUUCCUCCCCGCAAUGCCCGUGUCUCUCAAGGAGGCACAGCUCGACUUGAGGGCAAGGUGCGUGGUUCUCCAGAACCGCAGGUGUGUUGGUUCAGGAAUGGGAAAGUUGUGAUCGCUGGUGGCCGAUACUCCAUGGAACAGAGUGCACGUGGCACCUUUAGUCUGGUGGUUGAAGGAGUCCAGAAAGACGAUGCAGGACCUUACACCUGUGAGGCUAUAAACGAUGCAGGAACUCGACAGAUCACUGUAGACAUCAUUGUGGAAGACAAUGCAGUCAAGAAAUACAGCCUUCCCUCUGCCAGUAAACCAGGGGGUCGCUUAGGGCUCCCUGCAGUGGAGAACAGACCCAGCAUCUGGGGUGAAAGUCCUCCAAAGUUUGUAACCAAACCUUCCCGCCUCUACCUGAAAAUUGGACAGACUGGCAAGUUCUCAGUUAAGAUUACAGGACGUCCCCAACCACAGAUCCAGUGGUUUAAGGGUGAUGAUGAGCUCCAGAGUUCAGAUCAUUACAACAUGUUUGAAAGGUCAGGGCUGCACUUCCUGGAGAUCCGCUUUGCACAUGCAGAGGAUGCUGGGAUAUACACCUGCCUGCUGGCCAACAGUGCGGGCAAGGCCUCUGCUACAACAGAACUCAUUGUUCAAGAUUCAGACAUAGACAUGGACAUCAGCAAAUCUUCAGGUAAUGCGCUCUCGAAGACAGCUGCCACUACUGCAGCUGAGCAUAAAAGUAAUGGCCUUAUCACUGAUCAAAAAUCCACCAACACGUCCACACAUAGUGCAAUCACAGAUACCCACACAGCAGCCACUACUGCCAUAGCAGCCAAAGACAGCCCAGCAACCAGGCCAGAGGUCCAGAAAAGCGCUGUAACAUCAGCCUCACAGACCACUAUUGAAUCAAAGGAUGAGAGGCUACCAGAAGGUCAACAGAGGUCAUCAACCUCCAUAACCAUUAGGAGUCAACAGGCCAAGAAAAGCAGUUUUGAGUCUAGCACCAAGGUGACAGAGCCUGUUGUGCAGAAGAAAGAUCCAGAUAGUAUAAGAUCUUCUGGGAGGAAUGUGGUUCCUGCAGUGAAGGAGUCCAGCAGAGAGACAAGCAGGAUGACUAGAGAGAGUCGAGUGGAAGCUCUGGGGAGUCCACCCAGCUUUGAUUUACAGCCUCAAAGCCAGGAGGUCACACAAGGAACUAAAGUGACAUUCAAAUGCCAAGUGUCUGGUUGUCCGGUGCCCACUGUGAGCUGGGUUAAAGAUGGUUCUGUGCUCAGACUCAGAGCAGGAAUCAGCACUCAGCAGGAGGACAGUCUGCAUCUGCUGUGUGUGGAAAAUGUGCAGAAAACGGACGCAGGACAGUACAGCUGCACCGCCACAAACAGCAAGGGGAAAGCUACCUGCAGCUGGACUCUUACUGUAAAGAGCCCACGUUUAGAAGGGAAGGCUCCAGUGUUCAGCAGUGCUCUAAAAGGCUGUGCUAUAACAGAGGGACAGAACAUCAGUCUGCAGUGCUCAGUGGAGGCCAGGCCACAACCCACAAUCUCCUGGCUGCUCAAUGAUAAAGCAAUCUCAUAUGGAAAUGCUGUGUUUGAUGGCAUUCAGGCCCAGCUGACUAUACAGGAUGCAUUGUGUGCUGAUGAAGGCUUGUACUCCUGUGUGGCUGAGAAUGAGCAUGGGCGAGCAGUGUGCACUGCCCGAGUGCUUGUUAAAGCCAAGUCAAAUGUUAAAAGACCAGUUGCUGUGCCGGUCUCGGAGCAGAAGAGACCCUCCCCUCCAGUGUUCCUAAAGGAACUGCGAGAUCUAAGGGUCAUGGAUGGCAGCCAGGUUACCAUGACUGUGGAGGUGACGGGACAUCCUGCUCCAGAGGUGCUCUGGCUACAAAAUGGGAAGGAGAUUCAAGAGUCUGAAGACUUCCACUUUGAGAGCAAAGGCAGCCAGUACAGCCUCGUCAUACAGGAAGUGUUUCCCGAAGACACCGGCACAUACACUUGUGAGGCGUGGAAUGAAGUGGGAGAAGCUCGUACUGAAGCUUCGCUCACUGUGCAAGAGCCCCAGGAUGGUGUACAGCCAUGGUUCAUCACUAAGCCCAAGUCUACCACGGUGUGUGAGGGUCAGCAUGCUCUGCUUUCCUGUGCCAUCGCAGGAGACCCCUUCCCAGAAUUCCUCUGGAUGAAAGAUGGACAGGUGGUGUCCUCUGGGCAGGACUUUGAGGUGCUGCAGAAAGAGGAUGUAGUUUCACUCUUUAUCAGGAGAGUGAAAGCUGAUCAUGCUGGAAACUACGAGAUCCAUCUCAAAAACAAAAUAGGAGACUGUAGCGCAGUGGCCCCUUUGCUAGUUAAUAAGGACUCUGGGCAUGAAUCUUAUAAAGUAGGGGCUGAUAAGAGAUCUGGAGGGGUGGAAAAGACAGAGCAAGACAGGGGAGAGCAGAGAGAGGCACCAAGCUCUACAGCACUCCCAUCAGAACCAGAUCCGGUUUGGGGCCGUUGGGAUCCAGAGGAGUCAGCUGCUUCCCGCGGUCUUCUGAAAAGGCGAGUGGAGACCAAGGAGCAUCGGGAAGACCAAAUCCGACAGAAGGAAGCUGAGCAGAUUGACUUCCGAACCGUCCUGGGCCGGAAGGUCACCACCAAGAGUGUCUCGGAGGAGGACCUGAAGGAGAUCACGGCCGAGCAGAUGGACUUCAGGAGCAACCUCCAACGGCAAAUCAAGCCCAAGACCCAAAGUGAGGAGGAGAGGAAGAUCCACUUCCCCCAGCAGGUGGACUUCAGAGCAGUGCUAGGCAAGAAAGGAACUGUGGGCCCCAAACCUGCUUCUGCUUAUUCUGCAAAGGCAGAUCUCAACAAAAAUGAGCCAACUGACUUUAGAUCUGUGUUAAACAAGAAGAAGAAACAAGGGGGUGUGGAGAAUAAUACAGAGAGCCCAGAGCCAAAGAGCUGCACGGGGAAGGAAAAUGAUGUGAACUGUGUACAUGGAGGGACGACAGAGAUAAUGAAUGCAGGAGGAGGAAAAGAGCCACUUUUCACACAAAAACUGAGAGAUGUGAGAGUAUUGGAUGGAGAACGCUUACAUUUGCAGUGCCAGUUUUCAGCUGAAUCACCUGCUACUGUCACAUGGAGUCUAGAUGGAAAAGUUAUCAAGCCAUCCAAAUUUAUCAUCAUUACCAGUGAGGGUGGCCUUUGCUCCCUGACCAUCGAUAAGGCCUUGCCUGAAGAUGAGGGCCAGUAUGUGUGCAGAGCUGAAAGCAGUGCAGGAGCAGCUGAGUGCUGCUGCAUGGUGCAGGUUGAUGAUCCUAGUGCCUCAAACUCAACACCAGCUGACAAGAAAAGUAAGAAGCCCUCUACUCCAACCACAGAGAAAGAGGCCCGAAUCAAGAAGCCACCACCCAAAAUACUUCCUAAACAAGGCAUGGCUCCUCAGAUCGUGCAGUUUCCUGAAGAUUUGAAGAUCCGUGCAGGUGAGCGGGUUAGUCUUCAUUGUAAGUUCACUGGAGCUCCACCUAUCAACUCCACCUGGCUCAAGUUCCGCAAACCGAUUGAAGAUGGGACAGAAGACAUCAGCAUUGAGAGCACAGACUCCAGCAGUCAGCUGACUAUAGCACACAGCCAGCAGAAGCACUGCGGCUGCUACACCAUUGAGAUCAGGAACAGCUAUGGCAUGAAGCAAGCUGCCCUCAAUCUCACCAUAGUAGACAAACCCGACCCUCCUGCCCGCAUCCCAGCUGUCACAGACAUCCGCAAAUCCAGUCUGACCCUCUCAUGGUACGGCCCCACAUAUGAUGGCGGAAGUGCUGUUCAGUCUUAUAAGCUGGAAAUCUGGAAUUCGGUGGAUAAGGAAUGGAAAGAGCUGGCAUCCUGUAACAGCACUUCUUACAAUGUUCAGAACCUGCCGCCUGAUAGGAAGUACAAGUUUCGUGUAAGAGCUGGGAAUAUCUACGGUGUUGGGGAGCCUAGUGCAGAGAGUGUCCCUGUUGAAGUGGGGGUGGAGGAAGUGGAAGAAGAAGAUGCAGAGAAUAAAGAAGAUGACGUUGAGCCUUCAGAUGAUGAAUCAGAGAAGCAACCCGAGUACAGAGACGUCACCAUCAGAACAGAUGUGAAGGUUAAAGACUUCUAUGAAGUGGGCGACCGGCUGGGAUCGGGCAAAUUUGGAACAGUGUUUAAACUGGUAGAGAAAUCAACCAAAAAGGUCUGGGCUGGGAAGUUUAUAAAAGCAUACUCAGCAAAAGAGAAAGAGAAUGUCAGACAAGAGAUUAAAAUCAUGAAUGACCUGCAUCACCCAAAGCUUGUGCAGUGUGUUGAUGCCUUUGAAAGCAAGUCAGACAUGGUCAUGGUACUGGAAAUGGUCUCUGGAGGAGAGCUGUUUGAGCGGAUCAUCGAUGAGGAUUUUGAGCUGACAGAGAGAGAGGUGAUUAAAUACAUGCUGCAGAUUGUAGACGGGGUCAAUUUCAUCCACAAGAAAGGCAUCGUUCACCUGGACCUCAAACCGGAGAACAUCAUGUGUGUCAACAAAACAGGCAGCAAAAUCAAACUCAUUGACUUCGGACUUGCUCGCAGGCUAGAAAAUGCUGGCUCACUGAAGGUGCUGUUUGGAACUCCAGAGUUUGUAGCUCCAGAGGUGAUCAACUAUGAAGCGAUCAGCUACACUACAGACAUGUGGAGUAUCGGUGUCAUCUGCUACAUACUUGUGAGUGGAUUAUCUCCGUUCAUGGGGGAUAAUGAAAAUGAGACGCUGUCCAAUGUUACAUCUGCAACGUGGGAUUUCGAGGACGAGGCAUUUGAUGAAAUUUCAGAUGAGGCUAAAGACUUCAUCAGCAAUCUGCUGAAGAAAGACAUGAAGGCUCGCCUCACCUGUGAGCAGUGUUUUCAGCACCCCUGGCUUAAACAGGACACCAAGAACAUGGAAGCCAAGAAGCUCUCCAAGGAAAGGAUGAAGAAAUACAUCCUGAGGAGGAGGUGGCAGAAAACAGGGCAUGCAGUGCGUGCCAUAGGCCGACUUUCCUCCAUGGCCAUGUUGGCUGGUGUCCAUGCCAAGAAGGGCCUCCCAGCUGAAGAGGAGAACCUGAAGAAGUUCCCAGAGGAGAGUGAGCAGAGGAGUCCGAUGAAGCCCUCGUUUAGUUCAGUGAUUAAGGACGUGGAGGUGGUGGAGGGCAGCGCUGCACGCUUCGACUGCAAGAUUGAGGGUUAUCCUGAUCCUGAGGUGGUGUGGUAUAAGGACGACCAGCCUAUUAAGGAAACGCGCCAUUUCCAGAUUGAUUAUGAUGAGGAAGGGAACUGCAGCCUGGUGAUAUCUGAGGUUAGCGGGGAUGAUGACGCCAAAUAUACCUGUAAAGCAGUUAAUAACCUCGGAGAAGCCAUCUGUACAGCUGAGCUCAUUGUAGAAGUCAUGGGAGGAGAGGAGGAGGAGGAGGAGGAAGAAGAGGAAUAAGUGGUAAAAGAUGAAGGGACGGUCUUUGGUUUUCUCCUUGCUUUCUUAUACUCACUGGUUUUGUUUUACCCACAUGGACUGAUGGAGGUACAUUGAAGGCGGGCUUGCAUUUCCCUGUGAUUGCACUUUUACUUUUUUCUUUUUAAAUAGAUGCAGUGGCAGGUGUUAAAGUAUUUAUAAAAUUACAUUCCAGACAUUCUUAUGUGAUAAGAUAUACAUCCUGCUAAAUUGUGUUCAGUUUUAUUUUGCUUCUUAACCAAACAAUCCCAAACUCACAAGUGUGUUUGUGUGCUAUUUCUCCUUUACAAUGACUGUAUGUAGAACUAUUUAAUCAUGGACAAGUUAGCUUUAAUGCAUUGUUGCCACUCAUCACCAUCUUUUAAAACAGCACUUAACUGUUACAAAUAACUGAAAACACAUCUUAAAGGUUUUACAUCAGAUAUGUAAGUAUAUUAUAUUUCUUUAUUUUUACGAUACUACUUUGACCAACUGUAGAUUACAUUGUAAUGAGAACACUACAACUGUAGUAACUCACUGUUACUGAAUAAAUGUUUUUUUUAAAAUCUCAAA